CAUUUGUUAAAUAAACAAUAAACGUAUGUUUUAUAGUGUUAGCGUAAUAUAGAAUGAUAUGAAAUUGUAAGAUUUUAAUAAAUGUACAUGAAAUGCAAAUAAUUGAGACGAUAAAAUGACAACUGAAGCAUUGAGCACUCAGGUUAGCCAGUUGGAACUUGGCGGAUUUGAAAAAGAGGGGAGUGAAAUACAGAAACUGAUUUCUCAGGAAACAAUAAACUCUGAAAUAUACGACGGGUCUAUUUCUGACCCAUUUGAGCUGCCAAAACAUGACCAACUAUGCACAGUGAACUCAUUUGCAAGUGUUGAUGACACAGAAAUCAUUCAUUUUAAUCAAGAAUUGAAAUCACAGGAUGUUUCAGCAUCUGUUAAAAGUUUGUCUCCAGAAAUUUCCAUUUUGUCUCCAACACAUGAUGCAAAAGAAACAAACCAACAAGAUCAAAGCCCAAUAACAGCAGAUUGUAUUCAACCAGCAACAGCGUUCGUGGUGAUGCCAGUCGAGAAGAAAGAUGAAACGCCAGGUGAAGAAUUUCCGGGAGAAAUAACUCCAAGGAUCCUAAAGAAGACGGAUGAAGUUUCCAUCACUUGCUCGAGCCCUUCAAGGAAAAAGAAGAAGAAAAAGAAAAAAUGGAUUGGCAUUUGCACUUCCAACUGCAAAUACGACAGUGUCCGUAGAAUGAGUCGCAAGUUUGGUAUGAAAGAAAUAAGCGAGGACGAUGAAUGGACGAUAUUUUGGACAGAUUAUUCGGUUUCGCUUGAGAGGGUGAUGGAAAUGAAAAGGUUUCAGAAAAUCAACCACUUUCCGGGAAUGAAUGAAAUUUGUCGGAAAGAUUUUCUCGCACGAAAUAUGAACCGACUUCACAAAUUAUUUCCAAAAGAAUAUUCUUGUUUUCCUAAAACCUGGUGUCUUCCUGCUGAUUACAGCGACUUCCAAGCUUAUUGUCGGACCAAGAAAAACAAAACCUUCAUCUGCAAGCCUGAGAGUGGGUGUCAGGGUAAAGGAAUAUUUCUAACCAAGAAUCCAAAAGAUAUAAAGCCAGGAGAGCAUAUGAUAUGCCAGCAGUAUGUUAACAAGUGUUUAACUAUCGAUGGAUUCAAGUUUGAUUUCCGUCUUUACGUUCUGGUGACCUCAUGUGACCCCUUACGUAUAUUCAUGUUCAAGGAGGGUUUAGGAAGGUUUGCAACAAAGAAAUAUCAGGAACCUAAUAACCAUAACUUGGAUGAGGUAUGCAUGCAUCUCACCAAUUACGCCAUCAACAAAAAUAGCGAAGAUUUCGUUCGCGACGAUGAGUCGGGAAGUAAGCGCAAGCUCGCCACCGUGUGUCAGUGGUUGGAUGAUCAUGGUUACGAUGUCCCUAAGAUGUGGGCGAGUAUUGAAGAUGUAGUGAUCAAGACCUUAAUAUCCGCCCAUCCAAUACUUAAACACAAUUAUCGAACCUGCUUCCCCAACCACCUUCGUGGAAGCGCUUGUUUUGAAAUCCUUGGGUUCGAUGUCAUGCUGGAUAAGAAGCUGAAGGCUUGGUUGCUUGAGGUAAAUCAUUCCCCUUCCUUUCACACCGAUGCAAAGUUGGACAAAGAAGUGAAAGAAGGUUUGCUCUACGACACGCUCAACCUACUUGAUCUGAGAUCAAUCGAUCGGAAAAAAUGUCUGGAGGAAGAUCGGAGAAGAGUCAAAGAGAGGUUGAUGGCUAAACCCAAAUCAAGAGAGUCCAGGUUGGAAGAAAUCAAGACAACACAGACGCAAUAUUUAGAAUCACUUGAGAAAUACGAGAAUGAACAUCUGGGCGGCUUCAGGAGGAUUUAUCCGAUUGCUGGCCAUGAAAAAUACAACGGGUAUUUUGAGAACAGUUGUUCCUUAUUUCAAACCACAGCGGCUGCAAAAGCAAGAGAAGAAGCCGCCAAAGCACAGAGAGAGGAGAUCCGAGUGAAGCAAGAGAAACGAGAGGCAAUGUUGCGCGGUCGUCCGUAUCGACCGGACCUCAAGAAGGAGGCAGGAGAGUCCGGAGGUGGAGAGAAGAAACAUCACUCCGGGAUCGUCCCGUUUCGCCAUCGACCCAUGACACGACAACUUGCUGUGAGUUUUACAUUAACGCGACAGUUCAGCCCAGAGGUUGAAGUGAUCAUCGAUACCUCCAAACCUGUGGAUAUCAGUGAAGAUGAAGAGUUAGAGAGGAUCAGUGGUCUCCUCCAACGUGACUCCCUCAUCAGGAGCUUGGGAAUAGUGGAGCAAGUACAUCGUCUUCUUCAUUGUACUCCAGGAACAACCGGGAUCACGAAGAAUAUUCUUCCCCAAGAGUUGGAGAGAGUACGUCAUAACAUGGAGAAUCAUCAUUUACUGGGGAGGGACGUUGGUCAGCGGUCCGGUGACGUCAUACCACCCAUUGUUAUAAAUUCGACAUUCAGAGCUCAGAACAGCUCGCUCGCGGUGAAUAGAAAUGUCAUACAUUGUCACCUUUAUAAUGGAAAAGGCUCAGCGUAUCCUAUUACGACAUAUAGUGGUAGGCACGACCACGGCAACAGGUCGGGAUUUCGAGGUAACGAUUACGGGGAUAGAACCGGGUAUGGCGCUCUUAGCGCUAAAAACAAUUAUACCAUGAGCAGAAACGGGAGUAAACCCAUCACUUUUACUCCUGGAUUUUACUGUCGAAAACUGGGGCGGGACCAGACCCCACAAAUAGGGCUUGACCGUCACGAACCUGUUUACCAUAAAUCAGGAUACAACAUUAAACCUUUGUCCCCUCGGCACGAAAAAGGCGGGUUUCCUUACACCAAUGGUAUCGUGGGCUCUGUAAUAACAGGCAAGCCACAGCCCAAGGUUCCCUACCACCAGCAGCCAAGGAAUAUUGACCUAGAAUGGCCAGUAGGUACCUCCCCAAUGAAGUUCCAUAACCCCAAGCGCGCUGUUAGUGCUGUUGCUGGGAAACGUAAAACAUCUGGGGUGUUGUCAUAGAGAUUUUUUAAUAUUUCUAUCGUGCCAAACUUUUUCGUCACUGUGCACUUUUCGCUUUUAGUUAAAAUAUUUUAUGUAGAAAUCUUAAAUUACACCGUUUAUUUAUAUCAAUUAUUUAUAUUUGUUUUUAUUUUUUAAACAAAAUUCUAGCUACUCGCUAUCAAAUACCCAUUGCAAACGUAACUUACGCUAUCUCUUAUGUCUUAAUCAAAAUCGGGGUAAGCUUUAUUAAGCGAAGUGUUCGUUGUACUAAAGUAAAGUGACCUUUAUUAUAGAGUACUGUGAGGUAAGAUGGAACAAUUUUAGCACAUAAUAUACAAAUAUCCCGAUUGUGUUUUAAACAAUUAACAACGGUCUAUGGGAGCAUAGAUACCUUGUAAGGUAUCUAUGAUGGGAGUCGUAAGGAUUUUAUAAUUCUUUAAAUGUUUUUUGUUUACUACCCAAUGGGACGAGAAAUUUAAAUGAAAAUGUGUUCAAUCUUUCCUUGCCCUACUAUAUAAAUAUCCCCAAAGAAUAAUUGUUGUCUUCAGAUUAUCAUUUAUCACAUUUGGUUUAUAAACUACAACGGAUAAUGCAUUAUUACCCGGACAAAAAUAAACAGCGUUAUUUCUACACUAUAGUGCCAUUACAUAAGAAACGUAUUUAUUUAAGUUCAGUAUAUCUUAUUUCUGUUAUUUUUUGCGUUUCGUGACUUUAAAAGUUCCUUUUUAUAACUUUUCCUGAAUCUUAAUAAAAUUCCCUUUCUCUUA